AUAAUGUAGAUCAAUCCUUCAAGUAAAAUCGUUGUAAAUAUGAAGUUAUAAAAGUCUUACUUAAAGCAACUUACGUAUUUGAUUAUAAAUAUACGAGAAAAUUCCACCAAAAGCACAAAAUAUCUUUUCAAAUUUAUUAUUUUUCUUAUGUUAUAUGUGCGUUUAAAAUAUGACUGAAAAACAAUGAAAAACUUUUUGUAAAUGUCCUCUACGGAGUAAGGAUAAUUGUAGUACGUUUACAAAGAAAAACUUUUCAUCUAAUUCAAAUUUCUUGUUUUACGAGUAUAAAUUACUAUAUCUUCUAUUUACGAGAGGUUAUAUGAUACGAAUUUGAUUAAUUUUUUUAUAAUAUUUUGUACAUAACAAAUGCAUAUACUGUUUCUUCAAUUUUAAUUACGUUAUGAAUUGUCUAAAACUUGUGAGUAAAUAUCACACACCGAAAAUUGUAUGGUAUCAAACGGAUACUACAGUUAUCGUACGUAUUUUACUACACGAUAUUAAGGAGUAUUUUCUUCAUGUAGAAUGUGAUCAUCUGUUAUUUAGCACGACAACAGAUUCAAAGGAAUAUUAUAUUUGUUUGUAUCUUUUUGGAACUAUAGUGGCAGAAAAAACAGUUCACAGAAAUUUAGAAAGAGAAAUUAAGAUUACACUUGUAAAGGCACAUAAAUGGACAGAAUGGUUAAGAUUGUGCAUUCAAAAAGAAAAAAAUCCUUUAAUUAGUCUAGAUCCAAAUCAUAUAUAUAAACUCGAUUGGAUCACUGAGGCUUUAAGAAACAGAGAAAGGGAGGAUUUUGCAGAAUAUAAGCGUAGGAAUCAUGCACCUCAAAUAAUGCCAGUUGUACCAUCUAGUGAUGAAGAAGAAUCUGAUGACGAAAUAAUGGAUAUGAUAUUUGAUUAAUCUAUUCAUGCUAUGUACACAAUAAAUACUACUUAUAAUAUCUAAAUAUAUUUCUAAAAAAGGAAAUAGCACCUCAA